CGAUAUUGAGGACGCUAAGACCAGGUUAGGUCUAGUGGCAUGCUACCCCUGGCAGUCGAGACCCACUUAAAGUUUGAGCCAUCAAUCAUCGCAAACAAGCACUUUGAUGCUUUUUUGGCGGUUGAAUUUGAGCUCAGAGGUCAACAACGAAUAUUCCGAGCAUUCAAUCAAUUUCAGCUCAACCACCAGAACACACCUUCCGUUUUCCUCUACUGGCCUUCCACCGCUGCGAUGGCGUCCGCUCACGUUUCUACCCGCUCAAUCCUCUCAUAUUUCCUUCCUCGACUAUCCACAUCAACAGUGUCCAGCACAUUUAGACAUACCACUUUUUAUUCACGACAGCUUUCACAUCCUUUCCUACCCUCAAUUUCGCUUGCGCUCCCUGCAUCGAUACAGCUCAACGUACCAGGAAUAGUCGAGGGAAUAUGGGAGUCAAUUUUACGGGCGGUGCCAAAGAACAAGACUUCGCACUCGAAGAAAAGAUCGAGACAGAUGGCCGGAAAAGGAUUGAAGGAUGUCACAUCAUUAAAUAAAUGUUCUGUCUGUGGGAAUAUCAAGAGAGCUCAUUUACUGUGCCCGUUCUGUGUAAAGGGUGGGUCGUCCAAUCUUCAAUGUGGUGGGGGCUUGUACUAACUCAAUGCAGAGAUUCAAGAUUUCUGGAAGGGAAAGGAUACCAAGCAAGCGUUGGUGGAGGAGCCGAAGGAAUUGAAAGCUGAAGGAAGGGAGACUCUAGAAGGAGAGGAGACUCUAGAAGAGACUGAAAAGCGAGCACGGGAAGAUGCCGCGAGAACGGUGAAAAAAGCUCCAGUGAAGGACGAAGAUCAAGAUGUCAAGUAUUAAAAAUGUAUCCGUACUUGAGAUGCUGCAUUUGGGAGCGUUGUACAAAAUACUGUACUUGUUAAGAAGUACAAUUGUAUUAUGCAAAGCAUUCGGCGUUUGGAAGGAAGUCGAAUGCUGUGCGCCUCCACGACCAUGUAUGAUGUUAUGUAUAUAAUGUAUGCCAGAAAAAAACUCUCUAAAAUUUAAUUGUCUCAACUAAGUUGUAUCAUUUCUUCGGCCAAAGGGUGGUGUAGACUGUAAUGUACUAUAACUGCCUAUGAAACCUGCGUCAUUUGCACCCCGCCAAAUCUCCUCCAACCUCUCCCCCAAUCUCUCCCCCCAAUUCGCACCCACGAUCAUUCAAUGCAUCGGUGACAAUGGUAUGAAUAGCACCAUAAUUCCGAGAUAUUAAGCUGACUAUCCCUGUAGUCCAAACAAUACCUAACGACGCACACGGUCGACGAUGGUAAGCGGCGCGAGCUACCCCUCCAAGGCCUGGACUAACCAAGAGCAAAGCCCACAUCACAGACAUCUACUCGAUCGCAAUAACAGGAACUCAGAUCCUCUCCGCCUCGGGAGCCUCCUCCAUAAAAAUCCAUUCCACAACAUCCCCCGAGAUACCUCUAGCGCAAACACUCAAAGGGGCCCAUAAACUCGGCUGCCAUCAUAUCGUAACCUCCCGCAACGGACGUAUCGCCGCGAGCGCGGGUUUUGGUGGCGAAGUUAAGAUAUGGGGCAUUUCUGACACCGAAGAGUGGGAAGAGCAAGGCAAGAUUGUGGAAGGGAACCAGGCGGGAGAGGUGUGGGCUAUUGCUCUUAGUGAGGAUGGACAUUUCCUGGCAAGUACGACGUAUGAUGGACGGAUCAAUGUCUGGGAUUUGGUGGAGGGACGGAAGAAAAUUAGGGAGUAUGGGACGAAGGGGAGUUUUGGGAUGUGUAUUGACAUGAGUCGGGAUGGGAAGUUUACGGCGAGUGGACAUGAGAAUGGAGGGGUUUAUCUGUUUAAUAAUGAUACAGGGAGGAUGGUAUACUCUCUGCCUGGUAGGUUUACGAGGACUCAAGAUUACUGAGAAAUACUAAAUUGUUCAAGGUCUUGUCAAACCUGUACGGACAGUGUCAUUUUCUCCAGCUGGUACUAGGCUGGCUGCUGCUGGAGAUGCAACAGUUAUUGCACUGUAUGAUGUCCAACACGGAGAACAAGUGGCGAAUCUUACGGGCCAUUCAGCCUGGAUCUUCUCGGUAGAUUGGAGUGAUACCGGAGAAUAUCUUUUGAGCGGAUCAUUCAACGGAAAAGUGAAAGUCUGGUCUAUCGAUCGAAGAGCAUGUGUGGCGACUCAUAGCGAGACCGACAAGACAUUAUGGUCUGUGAAAUGGUUGCCAAAGAUUGCUGGGAGAAGUGAAGCCUUUGCUACAGCUGGGGCAAAUCGAAGUAUCUCUUUCUACAGAGAGGCAACAGGGGGUUGAUGAGUAUGUGAUAGGAAAGAACAUACAGAUUAGUCUGUGGAUUCAUUGCUGAGCAAAUAUUGGCAGAAUAAAUCCACAGUGUGAUAUCAUCCAUCCAUGAGAUAUCUCAGUAGCAAAUCUUGCUUCUCUUUCUGAAGCACAUAAUCCUUCUGUGACUUGAUACAGAGGUUGCAAUACUCAACGCCCGACAAAGACAAUCAUACACUUGCC